AUGAUCGACUUCACCCUUUCCGACUCACAGCGCACAGCCCGCACCAACGCGGCAGCCUUCGCCUCCCAACUCCUCCACAACGCCUACGCCUCCUACACCAAACUCCCCAACGACGGCGUCACCCGCUUCCUCUCCACCAAACCCCUCUUCGAGACCGCCGUCCGCGCCGGCGUGAUCAAGUCCCUCGUGCCCCCGCACCUCGGCGGCACGGGCGGCACGCUCCUUGAGUCGGCGCUCGUCACGGAGGAGCUCUUCGCCGUGGAGCCCGGCAUCGCACUCAAUCUCCUGACGGACAGUUUGGGGCUCAUGCCGCUGAUCUUCUCGUCCGCCGAUGAGUCCCUGAAAAAGGAGCUCGUGGCGCCGUUCCUGGCGGCCGAGGGGGCCCCGUUGGCAGCGUUUCAGUGGUCUGAGCCCGGCGGCACGGCGAACUUCUUCGAGAAGGGAGGUAGGGGCGCGCAGACGGUGGCGCGGCGCCGGGGUGAUGGGUGGGUUGUCAAUGGCGAGAAGAUCUGGGCGGGGAAUUGCACGGGCGGCGAUCUGGUGAGUUCGGCGAUGCUGCUUGCGAUCCCGCGCGCCGUAUUAGACGAGAACGACGAGGGUGCGUUCCGGGUGGUGAAGUACAUCGAGACACCGGGGUUUACGGCGCACUGCGGCCCGCACGUCGCCUUCACUGACCUGCGCGUGCCGGAGAAGUACGUGGUCGCGAAGGGCGCUGAAGCGGUGCGGAUUGUCGAGAUGGCGUUCGCGGCGACGGGGGCGAUGGUCGGAGCCAUGGGCGCCGGCAUCAUGCGCACGGCGUUCCGGUCCGCGUUGCGCUUUGCCAAGGAGAACGAUCAGGGCGGGAGCGUCAAGGUACUCGAGAGGCAGUCUGCGGCGGACCUGUUGGUCUCGCUGAAGACGAAGAUUGACACGGCGCGGCUGAUUAGUUGGAAAGCUGCGCACGCGGUGGAUAAUGGCGAAAAGGACGCGGUGGAGCUGUGCUCGCAGGCGAAGAUCUACGGGUCCGAGGUGGCGGUUGAGGGCGUUGCGGAGGCGAUGAGGGUCAUUGGGAUAGCGUCUUGGUCGGACGAGUAUGCAUUUGCCAGGCUUGUGCAAGAGGCGGCCGUGUUGCCCGUCUUUGACGGCGGCAACCAGGGCGUCAGAAGGAGGGUUGUGCAGAAGGCGAUGUUGGCGGACGACUACGAUCCAUUUGGCGACCUCUAA